AUGGAUUCCGUGGAUCUUUGCACGAUCCCGGCGGGGGUGCCGCCAGACGGCGUGUCUAACUUCAUAGACCCGCCAUCCCUGGGCCCGGCCGUCGUUGCCGUCGGUGUAGUCCUGUGCGUGAUCUCGACCGUCUUCAGCGCUGGGCGGCUCUACGUCAACCGGGACACGAUGCACUCUGCCGACUACUUCACGCUUCUAGGCUGUUUGACAAACAUUACCUACACAGGCGUCAUUUGUUCCCAGUACAACUUCUACCGCCACUCGUGGGACAUACCCGUAUGCUGGUACACGGGGGACGCGCUCAAGCUCCCAUUCGUCCAGACCGUGCUAUUCUCGCCGGCCUUCUUCUUCCCCAAGGCGGCCAUCUUCCUGCUAUACAGGCAGCUGUUCGCGAUCGGGCGGCGCACCCGCCUCGCCAUCCACUUCGGCCUGCUCGUCACUCUGCUCGUCUACUUGUCUAACAUACCGCUGGCCGCCGUCUAUGCGGCGCCGCGCGCGGGCCAGUCGUGGGACUCGCUGCUACUGAGCCUCGUGGCCAACUCGCACCCCUUCGCCCUCGGCGGGACAGUGCAGAGCGCCGUCGGGACGCUUAUAGACUUUUACAUCUUCAUCCUGCCGCUGCCGAUCCUCUUCCGCCUCCAGAUGCCGGUGGGGCGACGGCUGCAGCUAGUCGGCAUCUUUUCUACAGCGUUUCUCGGGGUGGGUGCCAGCGUAGUGUCCCUCGCCUUCAAGAUCGAGAUCCUAUCGUCGGUUGAUUCGGCGUGGCUCGCCGGCAUAACAAGCAUGACCUCCCUAAUCGAGACCAACAUCGCCCUCAUCGUAGGUUGCAUGCCGGCCUUUGCGCAUUUCGCGACGGUCACGAUCGGCCGGUCGGCGUUUUUGAGGUCGCUGCGGUCGCGGCUGCUGGGCAGCCGGGGGCGGUCGGCCGAGUCGGGGAGCGGCGGCGGAGGAUCGGGAGGCCAGGCCAAGCCGCCGACGCUAGUGACGUUCGGCGCGAACCAGACGCCGCGCCGCAAGAACUACUUGGAGCUGAGCGACACCGCUCUGCUACGGACCCAGGGGAACACCUUCCCGGGCGACCCCGCGGAGGAGGAGCACGAGAUGCAGCCUAGGUCGAGUGGCACGCGUAGGGAUGCAGAGCAGGGCGCGUAGGAGAAGGGGGUAGGACGAGAGGGGUGCCCAGCGGGGAAGGGAGCUUGCCUACGGCAAAGACGGCAAUACCACGGAUUGGUAAUGAUG